CCCCACCCCACCCACCCCAGCACCACCAGCGCGCGCUUGACGACACGCUCCUGUCCUGCCUGGCUCCCCCUCCGCCGCCCUACGCGCCGAACACAUCCCCGUCGGCCCAUCCAGAUCCGUCCAUCAUUCCGCCACAAGCCCCCUCCCUACUCGCUUCCUCCUCUCUUCGUCGCCCCCGCCGCCCUCGUCCGCCGCUUCUCGACCGGCGGGCACCCACCCGGCCUGGAUUGACCUUCUUCUCCUGCUGUUGCGUUGGUUUGAACUCGACUGCUAGUCGCAACGAUGGAUGACGGGGACCUCGAUUUCUCAAACCCGGACACAUUCUUGUGCCCGGCAAUCGGCAACGAUCCGCCCACCAGCUGCUCCAUGGACAGCUACUUCGAUGACAUCUUGAAGGAUACAGAGCACCAUGCUUGCACCCACACCCACACCUGCAACCCGCCAGUCCACGACCAUUCGCACACCCACACCUGUGUCCAUGUCCACACCAAGAUUGUCGCGGCUUCGCCAGACGCUGCUGAGACUGCAGAAUCGCCAUCUGAGAACAACACAUCCAAGAAGCGCCCGUCUGGUAACCGGGCAGCGGUCAGGAAGUACCGGGAGAAGAAGAAGGCUCACACGGCGUCGUUGGAGGAAGAGGUGGUCCACUUGAGGGCUUUGAACCAGCAGCUCAUGAAGAAGCUCCAGAAUCACGCCGCGCUUGAGGCGGAGGUAGCCAGGCUUCGCUGCCUACUUGUUGAUAUCAGAGGGAGGAUUGAGGGGGAGAUUGGUGCUUUCCCUUACCAGAGGCCAGUCAAGAACAUCGGUUUGGUGUCUACUGUUGACCAGGGAAGCUUCCUUGGUGGUGCCCAAGUUACCAACUCCUGUGAUUUCAGAUGCAAUGAUCAGAUGUAUUGCAAUCCUGGAAUGCAGGAGGCUAUGAGUGCUCAGGUGUUGGGACAAGGUGCCUGUGAUAUCGCUAAUAUCCAAUGCAUGGGAAGUGCAAAGUCUGGAUCCACAAAGCUACCUGUCUGUGGGGGUGUGGACACAGUACCUACUGGCUGCUUGCCAAAUGUUGAAAAGAAGUGAAGGACUGCUUGUGGUAUGGUCUCUCGUUUCAGAGACUACUGGGUCUCGGUGUUCUGCCUCCAAGAAAUGCUGUAUAAACACUUGUGGUGGUGUUUAUGGUCUCUCCUUUUUCAGAGACUACUGGGUCUCGGCAUUCUGCAUCCAAGAAAUGCUGUAUAAACUGCUAGCUUCUAUAUUUAGGGUUGCAACUUGUUCAAACUGUUAUGUGUGUGAGUUGGUCGCCGAUGAUGCUUCUAUGGUGCCUGAGGCGAUUCAAGUUCGUUAGCUCUGAAGCUGACAGGACAUCUUCGUUUUUUCCCCUUAGUUGCCAGAUGCUCUCUGAUGAAGUUCAGAACUGAACUGGAUCUGAAGGAGUUGAACUAGCUAAAAUCGGCCAUCUGUGCUUGAUGUGAAUCUAUCCGAAAUCAUUUGUCUAUUGUAGGUGAUAUGUCUCUUUGUUGCUGUGCCCGUGAUUCUAAGUACAUGGAUUCGAUUAUUA